UUCGCCAUCAGAGCUUUACUCCAGGCACAAGCACUCCAGUCUGGACACUAUGUCUGUGCGCUUUUCUUCUGCAUCCAGACGCCUUGGUUCUUGCCAGGGCGUCGGCUCUGUGCGGCUGUCUAGUGCGGGAGCCGGAAACACAAGCGGUGUGCCAGGCUUUGGAAGCGGCUUCUCUUGCGCCUUUGGGGGGAGCUCAUCUGCAGGAGGCUAUGGCGGGGGAAGUGCUUCCUGUGCUGCCUUCCUUGGGAACGAACAUGGCCUCCUCUCCGGCAAUGAGAAAGUGACUAUGCAGAACCUCAACGACCGCCUGGCCUCCUACCUGGAGAAUGUGAGAGCACUGGAGGCAGCCAACGCCGACUUGGAGCAAAAGAUCAAAGGGUGGUAUGAGAAAUUUGGGCCUGGUUCUUGUCGCGGUCUUGAGCAUGAUUACAGCAGAUACCUCCCGAUAAUUGACGACCUUAGGAAUCAGAUAAUUUCUGCAACUACAAGUAAUGCCAGUGUUAUCCUACAAAAUGAUAAUGCAAGACUAACAGCUGAUGACUUCAGACUAAAGUUCGAAAAUGAACAGGCCCUUCACCAGAGUGUGGACGCGGAUGUCAGCGGUUUGCGCAGGGUCCUAGAUGAGCUCACUCUGUGCAGGACCGAUCUAGGGAUCCAGCUAGAAACUCUGAGCGAGGAGCUGGCUUACCUCAAGAAGAAUCACGAGGAGGAAAUGAAGGCUCUACAGUGCGCCGCUGGGGGCAACGUGAAUGUGGAGAUGAACGCGGCGCCCGGGGUGGACCUCACAGUCCUGCUGAACAACAUGCGGGCCGAGUACGAAGCCCUCGCGGAGCAGAACCGCCAGGAUGCAGAGGCCUGGUUCAACGAGAAGAGCGCCUCGCUGCAGCAACAGAUUUCUGACGAUGCCGGCGCCACGACCUCAGCUCGGAAUGAACUUACUGAGAUGAAACGUACUCUUCAAACCCUGGAGAUUGAACUUCAGUCCCUCUUAGCAAUGAAACAAUCCCUGGAGUGCUCCUUGACAGAGACCGAAGGCAACUACUGUGCGCAGCUGGCCAAGAUCCAGGCUCAGAUCGGGGCCCUGGAGGAGCAGCUGCACCAGGUCAGAACUGAGACCGAGGGUCAGAAACUGGAGUACGAGCAGCUCCUGGACAUCAAGGUCCAUCUGGAAAAAGAAAUCGAGACCUACUGCCGCCUGAUAGAUGGAGAGGAUGGCUCUUGUGUUAAAGCAAAAGGCUACAAAGGACCAGGAAAUCAGAUUAAAGAUUCAUCAAAAACCACUCUGGUUAAAACAGUUGUUGAAGAAAUAGAUCCUCAUGGUAAAGUUCUCUCAUCCAGAGUUCACACCAUGGAAGAGAAAUCCACCAAAGUCAACAACAUGAAGAGUGAACAGAGGGUGCCUUCCUGAACCCCAAAAAAGGAUCCCUAAAUUAAAAUACCAAGUUGAAGCUAGAUUACUAAAUAAGGGACCACUUAUUUUUCUGCUUUUCUCCCAAUAAAUUAAGACAAACUAUUUUUAGAAUAGUAACAUUUCUUUGGCUUUCUCUGUGGUGGUGUUUCAAUAAAAGUUCUUCCUGUUGCAAAUCA